CCUCACCGCCCGCGACUCUCCAAACCCGGCCCAGCUCUCCAUCUACUGUUUCUCGGUCUUCAGCAACAAGUUCUGUUUCACCAUACAUCACCGGCACAAUGAGAACCGAAAUCGACUCCUUCUCUGGCAACAGAAUCUACCCCGGCAGAGGCAAGCUCUUCGUUCGUGGAGACUCCAAGGUCUUCCGAUUCGUCGCCUCCAAGAGCGCCUCGCUCUUCAUGCAGCGCAAGAACCCCCGACGAAUCUCGUGGACCGUCCUCUUCCGCCGGAUGCACAAGAAGGGAAUCACCGAGGAGAUUUCCAAGAAGCGCUCCCGCCGCACCGUCAAGCACCAGCGUGCCAUCGUCGGUGCCUCGCUCGAUGUCAUCAAGGAGCGUCGUUCCAUCCGCCCCGAGGUCCGCAAGGCCGACCGCUCCCAGUCCAUCGCCGCCGCCAAGGAGAAGAAGAAAGAGGCUGAGGCCAAGAAGAAGGCUGACAAGGCUAAGAACGCUGCUCCUUCCGGUGGCUCCAAGUUCUCGAAGCAGCAGCUCAAGGGUGCCGCACCCAAGGUCACCGCCCGGUCGCGUUAAAUCUCUUGUUGACUCUUUUUCGUUCGUUCAAGGCGUGUCAUUUUAUUUGGAAGUAAAAUAACUGCGGCAUUAAUGGAUCACCUACAGGUUAUAAUGUUGUAAAAAAAUGGUAUGCUACAAAAUCAAAAAAAUAUGUCAAGAAGCAUGUGUUUUAGUACAAAUUAUGGUCGGAUCGCAACAGACAGUCCUUCCUUUUAACGCUCUGGCUCUUAAAUGUAUUAUAAUAUCAUAAUUCCACCACUGUUUGCUGAACA